AUGGCGCAAGUAACAGCCGUGAAAAAGACGGCCUCCGAUCCAACACCUCAACAAAGAUACAAAUAUGCUCAGGAGAUUUCGCAGAUGAUGUUUGUCUUCGGCGAGGUCCAAGACCCCAACCCAGACACAGUCAACCUGGUCGAGGACAUAAUUCGCAGUCAGAUCAUUGAACUCAUCGUGCAGGCAAGGGCACUAGCCACACGCCGCGGAGCUCGCUAUCUGUCGGCUGAGGACCUCAUCUUCUUGAUUCGCCACGACCGCGCUAAAGUCAACCGCUUACGGACGUACCUAUCUUGGAAGGACGUUCGGAAGCACGCAAAUGCGAAAGACUCGAACGAAGGAGGCGCAGGAGUAGAAGUGGAGACGUUAGAGGACGGUGCCGAUGACAAGUUGACCGCAAAGACUCAAAAGAUCACCAUUAAGCUUCCGUGGGAGAUCCUGACUAUUUACUCGGAUGUGCUGCAGACAGAUGACGAGGAGGAUGAGGAUGACAUUGAGGCACACGAGGCGUCUAUACAGCGCUUGAAGGAAGCGGACGAUGCUACGAGACAAAUGACCAGAGAAGAGUACCAGCAUUACUCUGACUGUCGCCAAGCCUCCUUCACAUACCGCAAAGCAAAACGUUUCCGCGAUUUCCUCAAUCUGCCCCCCUCACUCGACUUGAAGGCGAAUGACGACACCAUCGACAUCGUCGGUUUCCUCGCCUUCGAGAUGGUGCGCUCCCUCACGCUCGCCGGGCUCGAAGUCAAGAAAUCGCUGGAGGAGUCCUACCUUCGCGAGGAUCACGCCACGUCCUCACCCGUCCUUGGCAAGCGCAAAGCUGGACUCGGGCUUGGCGGGGAUGCGAAGCGCAUGCGCCGCGACGAAGAGGACGAACGCGACGUCGACCCGCCCCUGCCAGUGUGCUCACUCUUUCUUCCCCCGCCUGAGGCGCGCACAGCCUUGCGUCCUGAACAUAUCCAGGAUGCAUUUUCUCGCAUGCAAGGUGACUGGGCACAGCGGCGGUCCGCAGGUAUGCGGAACUGGAGAGGAGGAUUGAUUCGGACUACUGUCAGCCUCAUCUAA